AUGCCAACCUGGAGUAUAAUUUCUCAUGUGCGGCAGCACCCUAUGCUCUUCACCUCCGCAGUCGCCAUCGUACCAUUGAUGGCUUUGAUGAUGCCUUGGUACCGUGGCUUCAUCGAGCUUGGUCCCGGUGGUCUCCCGCACAACGUCUUUGGCUGGCUUAUUCAAGGCGCCCUACGUCCAUUAGCCAUGAACAGCACCGUCGACAGGAGUGUCUUUCAAAAGCCUGGCAUUUCUUCAGCCUACGAGCCUCACGGUACCACUCGGUUCUUGCAGGGCGAGCUCGCACCGCGUCGAGGCGAUAGGCCAACCAUCCCGAACUACGUGGCGCCCCAGAGGCAGAUCACAGAAAAGGGCGAUGAAGCCCUUGUCAACAAAAUGAACAGCCAUCUGAGAGACUUGGCAAAUCAUCGUCCCGAGACGCUGGCCGUGAAAGCAUCUGGCCUGGAAGCUAGAGACCACCCUGCGCUGUGGCUUGUCGGCGCCCCCUUGCCCAAAUUCCUGGCGAAAACGACAAAGGGAGAAAUUGUUCACGUACACCCAGAAGCCAGUUCCCACAUGGUCCUCAGCUUGAGCGAUGCAGAGGAAGCGAUUGCAAAGGGCUGGGCUGAACUGCACCCACUCAGUGGCGUCCUGGGAUUGAUUCCGCUGCCGUAUGUCAUAGUGUACGCGCCACGAGAUGAGGAGGAAUUUGGAGUGUGGACGAGGUUCGUUGAUGCCGCUGUGGCUUUUACUACGGCAGAACAGAAUUAG